AUGGCGCACGAUCUACACCCUCUCCCCGAUCCUUCUAUACUCGCGCAUAUCGUCGAUGUCCAUUGUCAUCCCACCGACUCCCCAACUCCACCGGAGGCGAUGACCGCCAUGUCUCACCGAAUGUGUGCAAUGGCCACGCGCGCAAGCGAUCAGCCUCUCGUGCGCAAGCUUGCAGAACAAUAUCCCGAUAGCGUUAUUCCAUGCUUUGGCUACCACCCCUGGUUCUACCACUGGAUCUCGCUCGCCCCGGCUUCCGCGGUCCCCUCCAAACGCUCACACUACGCCUCCCUCUUCCUCCCCUCCUCAAAACCACAGCACGCCGACGCCUUCGAGCGCCUCCUCCCCUUCCUCCCCGACCCCACCCCGCUCGAAACCGUCCUCGCCGGCCUCCGCGCGGACCUCACGGCCUUCCCGCACGCCAUGCUCGGCGAAGUCGGGCUCGACCGCGCCUGCCGCGUGCUGUACAAGCACCCCGUCGCCCCGCCCAGCCUCUCCCCGUUCACGAUACCCCUCGCGCACCAGGUCGCGAUCCUCGAGGCGCAGCUCGCACUCGCGGUCGAACUGCGUAGGAACGUAAGCCUGCACAGCGUCCAGGCACCCCAGGCCACCGCGGAGCUGCUCGCGCGCAUGAAGGCGCGCUUUGGGCACGCGUGGAUGGACAUCAGCGUGGACCUGCAUAGCUGCGGAUUGAGCCCGGAGGGCUGGCGCGACAUCGAGCGCACCCACCCAAACGUCUUUCUCUCGCUUUCAACGGGGAUCAACGCGCGUUCGCGCGGGCACAUUGCUCUGCUGCGCGCCGCAGCGCCAACCCGCCUUCUGGUCGAGUCGGACUUCCACGAUGUGCGCCUGAGCGCGCCGUAUACGUGGGAUAUGGUGUGCCGCAUUGCGGACGCACGCGGGUGGCGGGUUGAGCAGAGCGCGGCGGAGGUCGAGGAGGUGGGCGGCGAGGACAAAACACAAUGGGGCGUGGUGUGGCGGCUGGCAGAGAACUGGCGGAGUUUCGAGCGCGGUGGACAUAGGGAAGCACCGAGGACGAAGAAACGGGAUAAGAGGAAGCUGUUACUCGACGACAGCGAGGAGGAAGAGGACGAAUAA